GCAAUGACUACAGCAAGAUACAGGCCUACCUGGGACUUGGUACUUGACCCUUUGGUGUCCUGUAAACUCUGUCUUGGGGAAUAUCCCGUGGAACAGAUGACGACAAUAGCACAAUGCCAAUGCAUCUUCUGUACUCUGUGCCUGAAACAGUAUGUGGAACUUUUGAUCAAAGAAGGUCUAGAAACAGCAAUUAGUUGCCCUGAUGCUUCCUGCCCAAAACGAGGUCAUCUACAAGAAAACGAGAUUGAGUGUAUGGUUGCAUCAGAAAUCAUGCAAAGGUACAAGAAGCUACAGUUUGAAAGAGAAGUGCUUUUGGAUCCAUGUCGGACUUGGUGUCCAUCUUCUGCCUGCCAGGCAGUUUGCCAACUACAAGAAUCAGGGCCUCAAAAUCCCCAGCUGGUCCAAUGCAAAGCUUGUGACAUAGAGUUCUGCUCAUCUUGUAAAUCCAAUUGGCAUCCAGGACAAGGCUGUCAAGAGAAUAUGCCAAUCACCUUCCUCCCAGGAGAAACAAGUUCUAUGUAUAAAAUGGAAGAUGAUGAUGCUCCCAUCAAACGCUGUCCAAAGUGCAAAGUUUAUAUCGAGCGAGAUGAGGGUUGUGCCCAAAUGAUGUGUAAAAACUGCAAACAUGCCUUUUGCUGGUACUGUCUGGAAUCUCUUGAUGAUGAUUUCCUCCUUAUACAUUAUGACAAAGGACCUUGUCGAAACAAGUUAGGUCACUCCAGGGCAUCUGUUAUCUGGCACAGAACACAAGUGGUGGGAAUCUUUGCGGGAUUUGGUCUACUGCUAUUAGUGGCCUCGCCUUUCCUUUUACUUGCUACCCCAUUUGUCCUUUGCUGCAAGUGCAAAUGUAAUAAAGGAGAUGAUGACCCUCUACCUACCUAGAUCAUGAGAAGAUGGGACUCCUCACACCCAUAUUUUUCCCCCUCUUGCACUUACAUUGUUGUAGCCUUACUUCCCCCAUCCUGCUUUUCUGUGACAGUGCCAUGAUUUCAGGAACUGUUGUUAGUACAGUUACAUAGACCAAGUACUAAUAGUCAGGUAAAGUAGUGGAAGACAAGUCAGGUGUUUAGAGGAUGUUGUGGAACAAAAUAAGUGUCUGAAAUUAAGAGGUGAAGAUACUCUAGAUAAAAGUAAUGGUUUCAUGUUGCCCACAAAGGCUAUAUUGGUGGACUAGGAACGGUGCUAUGUUACAUCAGCAAAACAACCUAAAAAUGAAUCAAAUCUAAUUUUUUCACAUAUAUAGUUGCAUCAAAAUGAGGUGUCUUAUUCAUAUUCCUAUUUGAGUCACCUAUCAUUUAAAUGUGGCUUUAAUAUAUCUGUUUAUCACAACUGUGUUUUUAUUAAUAUUGCAAUGGCAAAAACCUCUUUAGUACUUAUUUUUCCAAGGAUAAUGGAAAUCAAUAAGGUGCAUAUUGGCCAUCAUAUGCCUUUCUUGAAUUUUGGGAAGGGUACAGCUGGAAUUGCUGCCUUCCAGGAAUUUUAGGAAGUUUUACAUGCUAUUUGUUCAAUUAAAAACUACAGUUUAAAAAAUAAAUAUAUGAAAGCUGCAAGGUUGAGUGGUGUCACAAACCUGCUACCUAAUCAAGAUUCUUUUAAAAAUGUAUAGUUGGUAUUGAUUACCACUGGAUCACCAGUCUUUUUCUGAAUGGUUAAUUUUUGCUGUUAUUAAGGGGUCUGGUACACUUACAGGGCUACAUACCUUCUAAUCCAGGUAUCUCAAUCUUUUAUUUAUAUAUUAAAAAAUCCUGAUUAAACCAAAUGUGUAAAUAUCUGUGCUAUUGAAUAUUUGGAAGUUCAAGAUAGCUCGCUUCUGUCUUAAAGGCAGGUAUUGAAAAAAAAUUGCAGGACUUAUCCUGCUUAUCAGCAGAUUCUCGGCUCAGCAACGAUUCCUGUCUUUACUAUAUAUGAAAAGUACUAGACAUCCUUAUAGUUUGUAGUAAAAGCGCCUGGGGUGUUUGUGAAAGUUCUAUCUACCAUUUACAAUAUAUACUCCAUUUUCCAGAGUUCAUAUCAUACCAUAUGUGCUGUAAAUAAUCAUACUGUGAGAAAACAAAACAAAUUUCUCUUUAAGGAUUAGUUUGUUUUGUUCCAACAUUACCUUAUGUGGCAUCAUUUUUAUUUUCUUUUUCUUUUUUAAUUUACAAUGUUGUAAGUUUUCCAGGGUAGUAAAAUGUCCAAAUCAACAUAUUAAUACACAGAAAUUACUCUUCUGCAGUAUUUUUUGGAAAACUGUAAGAGACCCCUUUGUAAAUGCAGGCUUCAAAAACAGCAAAAGAAUUUGACAAAAAUGUAAUGUAAUGGCCCUGAUCAUGGAAUGUGGUACACAUGGGCAGAUCUGUGUCCAAGCGGAGCCCACUAUUCUGCAGAGCAUGCUAGUGGAAGUUAAACUGUGUUUGAGAACGUAAAGAUAUAAUGGCGUAGGAAAUGAUGCAGUGAUGUGUAUAUGUGAAAGUCAGUGGGGCUCACCACCUAAGACAUGGCAGGAUCAAGGCCACAAAACAUAACAGCAGUCUGACAUAGCAAAAAAACUGUUUGUUUGUUCUGUUUGUUUUAUGUUUAGUUUUAGUUUGCAUAUCUAUUAUUUGAACAGAAAUGUUGCAGGGUAAAAUUUUUAAAAGCCCAUUGACUUUCAGUGAGACGUAAACUCUUAAGGGCAUAAAUCACUUUUGAAAAUGGGAAAUAGAUUCCUAAAUCACCUAGGUACUUUUGAAGAUUUUCUCCUCUGUCCAACCUCAAUAUUCUUGAUUUUAAAAAAUAUUAGUAUUUUAAACUGGCUAAAUGAGAAAUGCUUGCAGGAGAUCCAGAAAUUGUUUUUGUCUUAAGAUGUUCAACCUUUUAAAGGUUUCAGAGUAGCAGCCGUGUUAGUCUGUAUUCGCAAAAAGAACAGGAGUACU